UGCGCCCAUGUAAAACAAAUCUGUUCUUCCUCGCGAGUAGUCUAUUUGUUUAUUUACAGCUUCAUUUACAGAUGUCUAAGUUAUAAGGGACUGAUUUGUGCUAUUUAAAGAUAGUUAUUACAGAAGAUAAAGAUGAAUGAGUCAGCAAAUACCCAAGAUUUAUUACAGGAAAUGGACAACAUUACUGGAAAGGAUUCGCAUGUCAGUUUCACAGAAAUGGAUAAUACACAACAGAUUGUAAACAAUAUUGAUGAUGUAAUUGCUCAACAGACAUCAGAAAACACCUUUAAAACCAAUGAAAUUACACAUAAUAUCACAUCAUAUCAAAGCACUGAAAACACUUCAUCACAGCCAACGUGUCAACCAAUUCAAGAUUCAGUGGAAAAUAUGUCGGAAAAAAUGGAUGCGAUUCAAAAUAAAGAAAUACAAUCUCAAAAUCUUAAUAAAUCAUUGCAAUACAACACAUCGGAGCAAGACCCUGACUUGAGUUUAAUAAUAUCACAAUCACAAAACUUAGAACAAUCAACUGAUUCCAACAUUUCUAAAGAAGACUCAGUUUUGAAUGAUAUCCCAGUAAAAAGUAAUAAAGACAUUCAUACAGGUGAUAGUGAGACUGGUACCUGUGAGCCGCCCAGCAAAAAACUGAAACCAGAACACAAAGAUGAGCAUGCUAAACCAGUUUUUCAAUUUGUUCCAAGAAAUGUUAGCCAUAAUCAAAAUAGUUCAAGUGUAAAAACAAAUUUGUUGUCAGUAUCUAAAAAACAAAAAGAUAAUCAAAGUGUUUCAAAAACAUUUGAUUCAGGACAAACAUAUAGUUCCCAUCAGAUAUCAAAGGGAGGUAAUUCACAGGAACAAAUGUACCUACAAGAUGAAUAUAGACAGUCACAAGAGAGCGAUGAAUCAUCUUUCCUUAACAAAUCUUAUGAUGCAAAUGUAAUGUUACCUGCAGAAAUCGUAAAAACAUGGAGAACUUCUAGAGAAAUACAAGAGGGAGAAAUUGUUGAGAUUGAAAGCCAUAGCGAUAGUCAAUUUACAUUCCAACCAACAUGUUUUGCUAGGAUAACUGAUGAUUUUAAGAAUACGGAAGAUAAUUAUUUUAGAGGAUGUAAAUGGUCUCCUGAUGGGAAGUGUUUACUUACUAAUAGUAAUGACAACAAACUACGUGUAUAUCACUAUCCAACAGCUAAUACACAAUCAGAAUUGAAAUCUUGUGUCACUGUUAAAGAAACUGAUACAGUAUAUGACUUCUGCUGGUACAGAAAAAUGUCUUUAGAAGAUCCUGAUACUUGCUGUUUUCUCACAACUUGCCGAGAUGGUCCAGUACAUAUGUGGGAUAUGGCCAAUGGUCAUUUGAAGUGUACAUACAGACCUUAUAAUCAUUUGGAUGAAAUAGCCACAGCUCACAGUUUGGCAUUAAGUUUAGAUGGUGGAAAGUUGUACACAGGAUUUAACAGAAUGAUUCGUGUAUUUGAUGUAUCAAGACCUGGAAGACAUUGUAUACAAAGGCCAACAUUUGUAAAACACCAAGGACAGCCAGGGAUCAUAUCAUGUAUAGCUGCUAGUCCACAAGGAGGAGGUGUUUAUGCUGCAGGGUCUUAUGCCAGGGCUAUUGCUCUUUACCAUGAACCAGAAGGAAAUAUGGUGUGCAUGUUUCAGGGCCAACAAGGGGGUGUAACUCAUAUAGCCUUCUCACCUGAUGGUACAAAGUUAUAUAGUGGUGGAAGGAAGGAUCCUGAAAUUCUGUGUUGGGAUCUAAGAAAACCAGGACAAAUUUUAUUUGUGGCUGUAAGAUUAUGUGAGACAAAUCAGAGGCUUUAUUUUGACCAAGAUUUAGUUGGUAGACAUUUGUUUUCUGGGUGUCAUGAUGGUACAGUAUGUGUGUGGGACACCACCCAAUCACCUGUGAAGGUCCUGGAUGAGUCAGACCCUUUAUUGAAACCAAUCAUGAAGUAUAAAGCACAUGGAGACUGUGUUAAUGGAGUAAGUUUGAAUCCAUAUGAGAAUGUAUUGGCUACCUGUUCUGGACAGAGACAUUACCCUGACCUUGGCGAUAGUGAUGAUUCGGAUUAUGAGAGUAUUGAAUCUGAUGUAAUAGACAAUAGUGUUAAACUCUGGAAGUUUAAGUCAUAAUACAUUUUUAUCUCUUUUGAA